GGAACUUGUGGACAGGGGUGCUGAGUGUGGGCGAAUGGGACCACCUCAUAAGAACACGAGAACAGAAGAAGAUCGCUCCUGUUGUUCUUUAGUUGUGUCCGACUCUUCGUGACCCCAUGGACCAGAGCACGCCAGGCACUCCUGUCUUCCACUGCCUCCCACAGUUUGGUCAAACUCAUGCUGGUAGCUUCGAGAACACUGUCCAACCAUCUCGUCCUCUGUCGUCCCCUUCUCCUUGUGCCCUCCAUCUUUCCCAGCAUCAGGGUCUUUUCCAGGGAGUCUUCUCUUCUCAUGAGGUGGCCAAAGUCUUGGAGCCUCAGCUUCAGGAUCUGUCCUUCCAGUGAGCACCCAGGGCUGAUUUCCUUCAGAAUGGAUCGGUUUGAUCUUCUUGCAGUCCAUGGGACUCUCAAGAGUCUCCUCCAGCACCAUAAUUCAAAAGCAUCAAUUCUUCGGCGAUCAGCCUUGUUUAUGGUCCAGCUCUCACUUCCAUACAUCACUACUGGGAAAACCAUAGCUUGAACUAUACGGACCUUUGUUGGCAAGGUGAUGUCUCUGCUUUUUAAGAUGCUGUCUAGGUUUGUCAUUGCUUUUCUCCCAAGAAGCAGGCGUCUUUUAAUUUCAUGGCUGCUGUCACCAUCUGCAGUGAUCACGGAGCCCAAGAAAGUAAAAUCUCUCACUGCCUCCAUUUCUUCCCCUUCUAUUUGCCAGGAGGUGAUGGGACCAGUGGCCAUGAUCUUCGUUUUUUUGAGCUUCAGGCCAUAUUUUGCGCUCUCCUCUUUCACCUGGAUCAGCCCAAUGGCCCAUUUGGUCCAGAAUCCUGUUCUCACAACAGCCAACCAGACGAAACCCACAAGAAGAAUUUGAGCACAAGAGCAUUUCUCUCCUCCUGUACUGGUAUCCAGAAGCCGUGGAAGCAGAGUGGAGCCAUCACCGCUAGAAGCCAUCAAUAGCUUUCUCCCCUAUGAAUUUGUCCAACAAUCCUUUUUUUAAAAAAAGCCAUCCAUGUUGGUGACCCUCACAGCCUCCUGCAAGUGUGAGUUCCCAUAGUUAUGCACUGUGUGGAGAAGCACACACUUUUGUAAGUAAUACACACCCACGUGAACCCGUACACAUCUGCACUGAACACCUUCACACCGGUGCAUAUUUUUAAAUUCUUACCUAUUGUGGCACCAGCAUUCAAGAAAUAAUUUUAAACCAAAACAAAUCAAUACAGAAUUACCACUUCCCCAGUGGCACAAAACAUGUGCUAAAAGAAAGGAGGCAGAACAAUCUAUCAUCACAUCUCUCGGUCUCUGGAGAGAUCAGACGUCUGCAGUGUAUUUCAACGACAAAAAACCAAAUAGAGAUAUUUAGCCACUAACUUGGUGAGCUCCUGAUCAUUCCCCAGUAAUAGAAAAUGUAUGGCCUCCAACUCUGGUUUCCAUUGGGGGAUACAGAGUUGAUCUAGAAAUUGCUGGCGGAGAUCAGCAUAUAGUUUACAAUUAAGAACCAUAUGUGUAAGGGUUUCCACCAGGUGGUCUUCACAUGGGCAAGUUCUUCCACCCUUCCUGAGAACCUUCCCCAAAGGAGGUUGGAUGGAUUUGAAUUAAAGCUGGCCAGCAAAAAUGCCUUUCUUUCUUGAGGGUUAAGCGGAAAUUCAAGGUAAUUGUGGUUAGUUUAAACCAGCUUUCAAACAUGGCAUGUGUGUGAGAUUGCCGUUGGGAUAUCUUACAGCUUGCAGCCAAAUACUAUUUGUUCCCUGACCCCCUCGGAAAUUCGCCCCUGCUCUGAGGGUACAUAUUUUUCCCAGACAGGUGCCUUUGAAGUGUGUUUAACUUGGCAAGGUGCAGAAACUUCACCUGCCAAGCCCAGACCGUCAUCUGCUGGCAAACAAGUUUGUCCUUGUGUUUCCGCGCCAGGGUUGCCAGUCAAGCUGUCCUUUGGUGAAAUUAGCAACCCAUUAAGCGCUAGUAAUUUAAUUGCGGUCGGAGUAAACUUGACCCUUUCCGUUUCUUUGGCGCGGGGACAAAAACCUGUACUUAUUAAAAGUCAUGGCAGGACAGUCCAACCCUCAGGGGGAAGUGAGGUGUCUUGCCUGAGUGAGGCUCAUCGAUCGUGGAGCAACAUUCAAGGCCGGCAGCUGACUGCGAAUAGCUUUGUUUGCUCACAUCGGCCGGCCUGUUCACCAUCACAAUCGGAGUGAAGUGUUGUGUGUGGCAUGAAAGAUGACGUGGACUCCCAGAGCAGGCGAAAACAAGUUUGCUCCAUCUCCCAGGUGACAGAUGAGUCCAUCCAUAGAUGCCAGCUCCCUGGGGUCCUGGGUGCCUGAGCACCCACAAAAUUCCCCAUGAAGGGGCCGGGCACCCACAGAUUGCGGCGCCAAGGCCACAGUUGCAGGGCCAAGCUGCUAUGCCUGAGUCCAUCAACAUCUGGAGGGCCACAGUUUCCCAGCCCUCUUUCACGGGUUACUAGGUCCACAUGGCUGAAGUGAGGGAGGAUUGGAACUGGUGCAAGUCCUCCUGGAUGUCCCAUUUGAGGGGUUUAAGCCAGCUGAAUUUGCACCAGCACAACCCCAGUUUAGCCAGGAGAACCCAACAUCUCCUGGAUCCAAAACUCCAUUUGCCUCACUUGCCUACAGAUUGGUUGCUCUGUCCAGCUGUGGCUGCCAUUAACACCCUUAGGUCUCAAAAAUCCAAAUAGCGGCUUAUGAGAGAGAAGGCAAAUAGUCCAUGGAAGCCUGAGUGCUGAGAACGGACUGCAGAAGGAGGAGGAAGAAACGACUCUUUGCUUUAAGGCCUACAUUACCUUGACUGCUUUUAGAACAGGGUGCGCCGUUCUGGGUUAUUUUAAAAUUCCCAUCCAGGGAAUGUGUCAGGUGGAACUGACAACUAUUUCCCUCAAAACGUAGAUAGUGGGGGCUGUUCUUUCUAUUUUUGGCCUGUCAACUGAGCAGCUGUGAGAUUAGGGGAGGCGAUGGCUAAAAUAUAAAAGAUCCAGGGUGACCACUGUUCUGUCUCGUUGUGACACAAUGGCGAUUUUCCUGUUGGCAGUUCUCCUGGGUGCGGCAGGUAAGAUCUCUCUCUCUCUUUCUCCUGAAGCUUAGCAUCGUAGAUUUGGAAGGGAUCCCAAGUGUCAUCUAGUCCAAGCCCCUUCCUAACAUCUGAGGCGAUGUUGCCAGAUAGGGGCAUUCCCUAUCUCCUCAGAAUAUUGAGAAAGAACGAUGUCAAUCAACAUUUGAUGAUCUUCUACCGGUCAACAAUAGAAAGUGUCCUUUCAUACUGCAUCACAGUGUGGUACUCUGGUUUGACACCAACUGAUAGGAAGUGCCUACAGAGGGUGGUGAAUACAGCACAAGAUAUUAUGGGCUGUCCCGUGAAUCCACUGGAUGAAAUAGCAGAAGAACAUUACCUCAGGAGAGUGAGGAAAAUUCUCAGGGAUGAUUCACACCCUGGCCGGCACUUUCUUGAUCUCCUGCCCUCAGGCAGAAGAUAUAGAAGCAGGAUUAGUCGCACCAACAGGCGACUAACAGCUUCUGUCCGUGGGCUGUUAGGCUGCUGAAUGAAAAGAUAACAACAGGGCAACUGACUUUUGGAUUUGGUGUGUGUGCGUCAGUAAACGAGGGGAAAUAAGACUAAGAGAGCUGAGUGGGGAGUGCUCGUGUAAUCUCAAUCUAUACAAGUUGUACAAGCGACAAUAAAGUAUUUCAAUUCAAUUUCAAUUUCCUUCACCUAUAGAGAGCACUAGGGAUUGAUCUCCUAUUUUGCAACAACAACAUCAACGCUUUAUAUAAUAGUGAUGGAACUGCACGCCCAUGAGUCUAACGUGGUCAUGGGAACCCCCUCCGUGACUUGGGCAGCUAAGUGGCCUGAGGCUGAGGGCUUUGCACAUUUAGCUACAGAACUACAGCUCAUGGUUGUGGUUUUGUUGGGGGUUUCAAGCCAAAGCUGCAAUGUGGUUCUUAAGAAUAUCUGAACAUCUGUUGGAUCAGCCAGCAUCCAGUUCUCAUGUUGGUCAACCAGAUGACCCAAUGAGAAUUUCUCAAGAGGAAUCUGGGCACAAGACCACUCUUCUCACUUGUGAUUCCUCGCAACCAGCAUUCAGAGGCCUACUCCUUCUUCCAAACAUGGAGUAAAGCCUAGCCAUCAUGGCUAGCCUAGUAGUAGUCACUGAGUAUGUGGCUUCUCCUUCUAACAUCUCCAUCUCCAAUCAGUUUCAGUCUCCCAGCUUUGUAUUUCUGCCCACCAUGCAUCUGUAGCCCCUCCAUAGUUUCAUACCCUCCAACACUUUGAAGGCAAAAUCCAGGGCGACAUCUUCUGAAGCAACAUCUUCCCCUUUUUUCAUUGCUAGAGCGCGGCAGCCAUUUUGGUCGCUGCAAUCUCGCACAAUUUCACAUCAUGGUCCCCUCCCCAAAAAAGUGGGGUUUUUUUAAGGCACCAUGCUCACAAACGUGUGUGUUGGGGCGCCAUGCAAGAUCGCGGCCCAAAAAAAGCCACACGUGGUGGGGGAGGGAAUUGCAACAAGAAAUCAUGUGAGAUCGUGGCAACCAAAAUGACCGCUGUUCUUUCUUCUUUUUAAAAAAAUAUUUUUAUUGGUUUUUUUAACAUAUCGUUUCCAACAUUCAUAUAACAGAAUUUCUUAUCUUAUACAAUGUUUUUGACUUCCGUCAGCUCCUCUGGUGAUUUUCUGUUUUUAUCACUUAUUCUGCAUUUUCUAAUUUUUCUAUUACUCUUAAUUAUCACUAACUAAUAAUUCUCUUCAUAGUCUUUUUUGCAAUAUUUCACAUAAACCUCCUUACAAAACUUCUCGCAAUCCUACUAGCGUAAUCUCUUCAUUACAAUUACUUUUCAAAUAGUUCGUAUAUUUACUCCAGUCUUCUGAGAAUCUCUGGUCCUGUAGGUUUCGAAUCCUUCCUGUUAGUUUAUCUAGCUCUGCAUAGUCCAUCAGUUUCAUCCUCCAUUCUUCUUUCGUCGGUAGUUCUUCUUGUUUCUAUUUUUGCGCCAAUAAUAUUCUUGCCGCCGUCAUUGCAUAUAAAAACAACUUACAAUCCUGUCUAUUUAUAUCAUCUCCUACAAUGCCAAGUAAAAAUGCUUCUGGUUUCUUAAUAAAUGUAUAUUUCAACAUCUUUUUCAUCUCAUUAUAUAUCAUUUCUCUCGUGAUAACAAACAGGAUGUCCGGGAUCUGCCUUCCCAGUCCCAGACAACUACUAAAAUCUGAAGGCUUCUCAAGACCCUGUUGGGCUGCACAAAGGCCUGCCAUUUGUGUUAAGGCGCAGGAGCCCCUGCCAGGGGGAGGAACUGGCAACCCCCAAUCUCCACUGACGGUGCAAGCCUGUUUGUCUUCCUGCAGCAGCUACACCCCUGAAUGGCUACGAUGACGACGAUAAGAUCAUCGCCGGGUACGAGUGUCCGGCUCACUCCCAGCCUUGGCAAGUCUUCUUAACCUACGGUGCUGGUUACCGGUGGUGUGGCGGUUCCCUCAUUAAUGACCGCUGGGUCAUCUCAGCUGCCCAUUGCUACAAAACGUGAGUUUAAUGUGUAGGGUCGAUGGCUUUAUAUGGAUCAUUCUUUAAAAAGCAAGCAUGGCUGCAUUGCAGACUCCUUGGGGCAGAAAGGGCUUGGCAGGGGUAUUCAACUGAGUUACAGAACUGGCAGUAUAUUGGGGAAAGCCAGAUGUGUACACUAAGAAAACAACAGUUUUGGGUCCAGAACUUUCAUAGAAUCUGCUUCAAAGUCACACCCCAUAUUGCUCUCCCUGCUUCCCAUAAAGAAACUAGGAGACAUUCAAAUAACUUUUCUUUAAAAGACAAUCAUCUGCCGAUUGGAAAACUUACCAUGCAUGCUGGACGCUAUUUGGAUAAGGCAUCAGAGAGGACUUUGGCUGGCCCAGUGGGUCAGGUGAUAGCAAAAUAUAUUUUUUGUUAUGUACUGAAGUUCUCACCCUGGGCCAGCAGGGGGAUACUGUAGAUAGUUUUCACUCAGGUCCACAUAUGCAAAUAAGGGAUUGAAAGUGACAUUCAGUGAUUGGAUAGUUACAGAAAAUGAUUACUGUUGCAUUGUAGUGGAGCUCUAUAUAAGCAGGCUGGCUGCUGCGCAAAAAAAAAUUAGGGUGUCCCAUUUUUCCUGGGGCUCUUGGCAGGUAUGAAGUAGUGUCGCAGGAAAGGCACUCUGCGCAGGCUCAGAGAGCCCCUCUUUGUUGCUUUUGCUCUCUUACAUAUUUUUGAUGGCGUGAUUUUAAAAUAUUUUUGAUGGCGUGAUUUUGAGCCGUGAUUUUAAAAACACAGGUUCUGGAUGGAGCACAAGGUUGAGGCCGGGUUAAAAUCACGACCUGCCUGCUUCUGGCUUUGUGCUUCUUUGCUCUCGAGAAGGUUUACUGUGAAUCACUCUGAGUUCACACCAAAGUCUGUCUCUCUCUCUCUCCAGCCCCCGAACUCUCAUGGCCCACCUUGGGGAGCAUGACACCAGUCAGGAGGAAGGUACUGAACAGCACAUCCAGGUGGAGAAAGCUAUCCGCUAUCCUGGGUACGAUGCGCGCACCACGGACAAUGAUUUCAUGUUGAUCAAACUCUCGCAGCCAGUCACUUUCAAUGCCUUUGUCCAGCCCAUUGACAUUUCCCCAAGCUGCCCCAGCGCAGGAGAGGACUGCCUCGUCUCAGGCUGGGGGAACACUCGGACUUCAGGAGGUACGGUGUUUAUCCCUCAUGAUAAUAAUAAUUUAUUAUAAUAAUUUAUUAUUUAAACCCCACCCAUCUGGCUGGGUCUCCCCAGCCACUCUGGGUGGCUUCCAACAGAACACCAAAAUACAAUAACCUAUUAAACAUUAAAAGCUUACCUAAACAGGGCUGCCUUCAGAUGUCGUCUAAAAGUCUGGUAGUUGUUUUUCUCUUUGACAUCUGGUGGGAGGGCAUUCCACAGGGCAGGUGCCACUACUGAGAAGGCCCUCUGCCUGGUUUCCUGUAACUUGGCUUCUCACAGCGAGGGAACCGCCAGAAGGCCCUCGGCGCUGGAUCUCAGGCUGAACGAUGGGGGUGGAGACGCUCCUUCAGGUAUACAGGACCGAGGCCAUUUAGGGCUUUAAAGGUCAGCACCAACACUUUGAAUUGAGCUCAGAAAAGUACUGGGAGCCAGUGCAGGUCUUUCAAGACCGGUGUUAUAUGGUCUCGGCGGCCGCUCCCAGUCACCAAUCUAGCUGCCACAUUCUGGAUUAGUUGUGGUUUCUGGCUCACCUUCAAAGGUAGCCCCACAUGGAGCACAUUGCAGUAGUCCAAGUGGGAGAUAACCAGAGCAUGCACCACUCUGGCGAGACAGUCCACGGGCAGGUAGGGUCUCAGCCUGUGUACCAGAUAUUGCCCUGAGACCCUUCUUUACAACAUAAUAACCGUGGCAAACCAGCAUGGAAUUGUGAAGAGCUGAACUUACGACUGGGGAGCCGAAAAGGUCAGAUUCACACCGUCCCUAACUGAGACUCACCUUUGUUCUUCCCCCAGUUGAAUACCCAGACAAACUGCAAUGCCUGAAGUUGCCGAUUCUGUCCUCCUCUGCCUGCCAGACUUCCUAUCCUGGACGCAUCACUAAAAACAUGUUUUGCGCUGGCUACAUAGAGGGCGGCAAAGACUCUUGCCAGGUAAGAGGGAAACUGGGUUUCUUGAACUGGGGGGGUGGGAAGUGGGGAAAGGAGAAGCCCCAUCAGCAGAGCCGGAUUUAGGUUUGAUGAGGCCCUAAGCUACUGAAUCAUGUAAUGGGGCCCUUUAUAUGUCCAGCUGUCCUUUGUCAACAACAAAUUGUUGCUGUUUUGUUUGUGUUGAAUAUAUCCUGUAUGGUAAUUUAUGGAUCUAACAGGUAUCUAAAGCCAUUUGCACAUCACUUCAGGAUCCAUUCCUUGAAACUAGUAAAUCAGCUCAUCAUGAACAACACUAACACUUUCUCUCUGAUGUUCCUCUCCUUGCAUGAGAAACUACUUAAUUUGUGCCUUUCAAAGCAAUACGGGAACUGUAAUGCAGUUAUCCUUCGAAGUUCGCACGUCUCUGAAUUUUGUGCUGCACUUGUCCAAACAAAAAUGCACACAAAGUGUCCAUUAAAAGGCACGCUUUGGUGAAAAUAGCAUUGAAAAUAGCAUUAUAUUAGGGAAAACGGCUUGCAAAAAGUGUGCAUAUUUGUCAGAACUGCAAAAAAAAACAUACAUUAGGAGAAAUUUGCGCUAAAAAGCUCACCAGUUUUCUCUAGGAAUUAUUAUUAUUAUUAUUGCAAAUUGCUUCCAAAACGUGGAAAACUCAAUUUAGGAUUAGAGAAGUGGGAAAGUGAAAGAAACCAAAAUCGACAGAUUCAUCUCUAAUUCUUGUGGCCUACCUUGCCUUUAGAGCGGUAAUUUUAAGAACAAAAGUUUGUACAGUUGACAAGUUAAAUUCUUUAGGGGAGCAAGCUCUUAUCUAAACAUAGUGUCCAGCUUCAAUAAUUAUCUUAAGCAUGUAAUGUUAUUUUAUUCCAUUUUAUUCCAUUUUAUGUAUUUUAUUUUUUAUAACAGCUUCGGCUACACAAAUAACUAAUAUUUUGCGGGGAAAUGUGCUUGAUUCCUAUGGCGGGAAGGAUUAAGGAGAGAGAGAGAGAGAGAGAGAGAGAGAGAGAGAGAGAGAGAGGUGUUCUUGUGUGUCUCAGUUUCUCCCCUUAUUCUAGUUCAGACAGUCAUGUUUUGUUUGUCUGCUCUUGGCUGCAGGGAGAUUCUGGUGGGCCUCUGGUGUGUAAUGGAAAAUUGACCGGCGUUGUGUCCUGGGGUGCUGGAUGUGCCCAGAAAAACAGGCCUGGCGUGUACACAACAGUGUGCAACUACCACUCCUGGAUCCAAGAGGUGCUUGCCAACGAAUGAGAUACUUGAGGAUUUUCUUCAAGGAAAAGGGGGUUCCUCAUCUAGGAAAAAGGCUACAACUGAUUAUCUUCCCUGCAGCAAAACAAACCGCCUGCGUAAAAGUGUGAAAGCUGGUGCCCCCCCAAAAAACUGUGGCGCCCAAUAUUGGGAAUUGUAGUUUUGUGAGUACACUAAGAAUCUCUAAAGUGUGCCUUCUUUGGAGCUGUAGUUCUUAGGGAAAUCACAGAACUAAAGUUCCCAAGAUUUAAAGCUGGGAGAAGUCUUCAACAGGUAGAAAACUGGAAUGGACUUGGUGGGAAGAUCAGAAAGCGGAAAAGACUAGGAGGAGUUUGCACUACAUUGCUGUGUUUAAAAAAUAAAACUUAGUAUGGGCACCC